CCUUGGUACUGCAUCACAGUCCCUGCUUGCCUUGAGAUUUUGUGUUGUACUGAAAAGAGUAUUGAAACUGUUGUUAUAGGUGCAAUGGACACAAAACUUUUGGAGGCUUUGUACUGGAAAGGUGUUCCUGUAUUUGAUAUGGAAAGCCACAUGAGCACCUCAGAUGUUGGUUGGGGUUCACCAACAUUUCACAAAAUGGGGAGAGAAAAAGUUAUCUUGAUAGAUGUUAUGCUGCCGUUUGGGUAUGAGCUACUGAUGUGUGAUACAGAUAUGGUUUGGUUAAAGAACCCACUUCCAUUUCUUGCUCGUUAUCCUGAAGCAGAUAUCUUAACUUCAACUGAUCAAGUGAUACCAACAGUUGUUGAUGACAGGUUGGAAAACUGGCAAGAAGCAUCUGCCGCAUACAAUAUCGGAAUUUUUCACUGGCGGCCAACAGAUUCUACGAAAAAACUGGUGAAAGAAUGGAAAGAGAAACUUCUAGCUGAUGAAAAGAUAUGGGAUCAGAAUGGAUUUAACGAACUUAUGCACAGACAAUUAGGACCAGCUGUAGGAGGUGAAAGUGGACUUGUUUACGCUUAUGAUGGAAUUCUUAAGUUGGGAAUUUUGCCAGCCAGUAUAUUUUGCAGUGGACAUACAUACUUUGUGCAGGCCAUGCAUCAACAACUUAGACUGGAGCCAUAUGCGGUGCAUACCACCUUCCAGUAUGCUGGUACUGAAGGAAAGCGCCAUCGACUACGGGAGGGCAUGGUUUUUUAUGACCAACCAGAAUAUUAUGAUUCAUCAGGGGGUUUCUUGUCGUUUAAACCAUCUAUCCCGAAGAGCCUAUUGCUUGACGGAGAGCACAACGUUGAAUCACACUUUUCUCUCAUUAAUUACCAAAUAAAGCAAAUACGGACUGCACUUGCUAUUUCUUCUUUGCUGAAUCGUACACUGGUGAUGCCUCCACUAUGGUGCAGGUUGGAUAGACUAUGGUUUUCACAUCCUGGAGUGCUGCCGGGUACUAUGACAAGGCAACCUUUUCUCUGCCCUUUGGAUCAUGUAUUUGAGGUGAAUGUCAUGCUUAAAGAUCUGCCAGAAGAGGAAUUUGGCCCACGGAUUGAUUUUAGAGAGUAUUCUUUUUUGGACAAUCCUUUACUGCCCGAACAGGUCAAGGAGUCAUGGCUUGAUGUUCAGCUUUGUCAAGAGGGAAGCCAAGGUUGUCAUGUAACUAAUGAGACAAGUCAACCAGGAGUUCUCAGAUUUCCAAAGCAUAGCAGUGAAGAAUUGUUGAAAACAGUAUUCUCCUCAUUCAAGGAUGUCAAAGUUAUACAAUUCUCAUCCAUGCAAGAUGCCUUCCAAGGUUUUUCUGACAAGACAAGAGAGGACAAGUUCAGAUACCGUGUGAAAAGGUACACGGGGAUAUGGUGCUGUGUGGAAAACCGUACUCCUGGACACAUAUAUUAUGACAUGUACUGGGAUGAGAAGCCUGGCUGGAAACCUGCCCCACCAAAAACUCCAGAAGAUGACCAUCCGCCUUGGUAAUUUUCAACUCUUAAUUUCAUGUAAUUCUCUUCUUAUAAGCUAAAGGAGAUUCCUGUCUGUGAUUCAUCCGAGUUGUACCCAUAUUAAUACCUUAGGCCAUUGAAAAUUAGGCAUGAGAUAGAAUUGCUGAUGUACCUUUGUAAGACAAGCGGUACCCAAAAAUUUUGACAUUUCUUCAA